CGCCCUUAAAGGGCCCGCAGCAGGGGAACGGGGCAGCGCCCGGCGACCGGAACGGCGGGGAAACGGGGGGGGGGGAGGGGACACGGGAUCCCCCCCACAGCAGAGACCCUAAGGGCAAUUCAACCCCCUGGAGUACCUACAGCCCCCCCGGGGCUCUCGCAGCCCCUCCGCUCACCCCAGGGCCCGGCUCCUCAGGAUUUUUCCUCUCCCAGGGAACCAUGGCAGAGAAGAUCCUGGUGACGGGCGGAGCUGGUUACAUCGGCAGUCACUGCGUGCUGGAGCUGGUGCAGGCUGGCUACGUCCCCGUCGUCGUCGACAACUUCCACAACGCCAUCCGAGGGGCAGAUUCGCUCCCCGAGAGCCUCCGGAGGGUGCAGCAGAUCGUGCACCAGCCCAUCCUUUUCCAGGAGCUGGAUAUCACCGACGUGGCAGCGCUGCAGGAGCUCUUCAAGAAGCACCGUUUCUCAGCUGUGAUGCACUUUGCGGGGCUGAAGGCCGUGGGGGAGUCUGUGCAGAAGCCCCUGGAGUACUACAGGGUGAACCUGACCGGGACCAUCCAGCUGCUGGAGACCAUGAAAGCCCACGGAGUGAGGAACAUUGUGUUCAGCAGCUCUGCCACUGUCUAUGGAGACCCCAAAUACCUUCCCCUGGAUGAGAACCACCCCGUUGGGGGCUGCACCAACCCCUAUGGCAAAUCCAAAUACUUCAUUGAGGAGAUGAUUCGAGAUCUCUGCAAAGCUGAGAGGGACUGGAACGCUGUUCUCCUGCGCUACUUCAACCCCAUUGGUGCCCACGAGUCGGGAAUGAUUGGAGAAGAUCCUCAAGGGAUCCCAAACAACCUCAUGCCCUACGUGGCACAGGUGGCAGUGGGACGCCGGGAAUUCCUGAAGGUGUUUGGGAACGACUACAAGACAGAAGAUGGAACGGGUGUCAGGGAUUACAUCCACGUCGUGGAUUUGGCCAAGGGCCACAUCGCUGCUUUGAAGAAGCUGAAGGAGGAUUGUGGCUGCAAGAUCUACAAUCUGGGCACAGGCACUGGAUACUCUGUCCUGCAGAUGGUCCAGGCCAUGGAGAAAGCCUCAGGGAGGGAGAUCAGGUACCAGGUGACAGAGCGCCGGGCAGGGGACGUGGCCUCCUGCUAUGCUGACCCAGCUCUGGCUGAGCAGGAGCUGGGCUGGAAAGCUGCCCGGGGCCUGGACAAGAUGUGUGAGGAUCUGUGGAGGUGGCAGCUACAGAACCCCACGGGCUUCAGCAAGAACUGAGCUGGGUGCUGGGGGUCAAGCCCUGCACCCCCCCAGGGCUGGGAUCCUCCUGGGGCAGCUCCAGCUCCUUUCCUUGCCUGGGGGGGGGAAGGCAGGAGCAGCCUCAGACUCUCUGCUCCUCAUCUCCCUCCUCCUCCAGGUGCUUUGCAUCUCACACAGCAGAAACACAAAAGGUUCCCAGUCCCGGGGGGAGGCCUGGAGCACCCCCAGCCCCUGCCCUGGGCACAGAGAAGGCUGCUGAGCACCUACCUCAUGGCCUCUGGCAUCCCCAGACCCCCCCCCAACUCCCCCAGACAUCUCUCUAAGGCCACUGUGGCUCAUGCCCCCAGCCCAGCUCCCCUGGGACCAAGCUCUGCUGGAUGCUGGGGGCUCCCUCUCUUUUCCCCUGCUCCCCAGGUGUGGUUUUGGGGACCCAGCAUCAUCUCCGCCAUCCUCCUGCUGAGCUGGAGGAGCUUCUGUAGAUUCCCUGCUGCUGGUAGACAUGGUGCCUGGGUUUUUUUUUUCCACCUUGCCUGUAGGUUUUUUUUUUCCCCACGUUGCCUGUGGCAGCCACUUCUCUAAUCACAUUGCCAAAGGCUGCCCAGGAGAAGGUUUUGCUCAGCUCUCAAACACUGCUCCUCUUUAUUCCUGGCAGCUCCCAACAGCUUCCUUAGGCACUGGUGAUGCAAUCAGCCCGGCUGCUGCCAGCUGACUUUGUAACUUCUGCUACUAAAUUAUGAAUUGAGCUUUUGAUUUCUUUUUCAAUAAACUUUUCUUACCUUCUCA